UGGCCGACUGGAGGAAGUGUAUGCUUUUGUUACCCUUAGUUGUUUUAAUAAAUACAGCAUCAGGUACUCGUGUGCAAAAACUGAUAUAUUUUGAUGUGACUGGGACAAGUGCUUGUUUCCGCAGGUUCAAUGGCACACACCAAAUUGGCUGUACAUCUGACCUGACAGGUAAUGUGGGUGUGGUGCAUUAUAUAGAAAACAAGUCUGACUUGGACUGGGUGCUGGAAGCAGGUCCUCACCAGCCAUAUGCUUUACUGAUGGAGCCAGAGCAUUUUAACAGGACCAAUGUAAUAGCUAUCAAGCAAUCUGGGAAGGUUAAUGGAAUUAUGGUGAUCAACAAAGAGAACUCCACGCUGCCUUCUAGUUUCCAUUUCUCUCCUGAUCAGUCGUGUCCCAAUAAUGUGAAUGGUCUGUAUGACAAGCACAGCCAGUAUGCAGACUGCAGUAAUGUCACAUGGAACACUGCUGGCAAUGGCCUGAUGUUCAUGGACUUUGGCAUGCCAAUAUUUUCUGUUCAGAAUGAAACAGAAAUAGACUACAUAAUACACAAGUGUUUUGCUGCUUUCAACAAACCCAUCAAUGGCACUCCAAGGGAACACCCCCUGUGUGCUGCACAGCUGAAAGAUUUCAUGACAGGUGCCAAGGAUUCACACACCUGCCUCAGUAGAACCAAGAGGAUAAUUAAUAUAAAUCCUGAAACCUACUGUGACCCGCUGGGAGACCAGAAUGUGUAUGGAUUGCUGAAACCUGUGGCAAACAAUGAAUCUCUUCCCCAGAAGUCUAUCAUCAUGGCAACUGCCAGGUUGGACUCAUUUGGUUUGUUUGAAGCUCAGUAUGCUGAGCUUGAAAGCCCAGUGGUCAGUUUUAUUACCUUAUUGGCUGCAGCAGAGGCUAUUGGACGGGUCAAGCAGGACAUAGUAGAAGAUAAGAAUGCAAAGGAUAUCAUGUUCACUUUCUUCCAAGGGGAAUCAUUAGACUACAUUGGCUCAGGACGUAUGGUAUAUGACAUAGAGACUAGUGUUUUCCCACAGAAUAAAGACAAGUAUGGCAUUCAUGUCAUGAACUUUUCACACAUUGCCCACUUUGUAGAGGUAGGCCAGGUGGGACUGGCAGAGGGAGGGGCUUACUAUCUCCAUAGCGACCCUGUCAGUCAGAGAGAUGGACAGGUGGCAAAAGAGGUAACAAAACUUAAGUCUAACUUCCAAGAAGCUGUGGCCAGCAUGAAUAAAACCAACUUGACUAUAGAGGGCACUGCAGUGCCCCAGCCACUGCCACCUGCAUCUUUCCAGAGUUUCUUGAAGAAAGCUAACAUCUCAGGAGUUGUUUUGGCUGAUCAUGAGAGGGAGUUUAAAAACAGGUUUUACAACAGCCGUCUGGAUACGUUAAAGGGUCAAGGUAUGGACUGGCCAUCUGACCGUCCAGAAAACUUCAACACCACUAUUCAGCUGAGCAGAGAUAUUCAAAUUCUGGCCACUGCCCUGGCUCGGUCACUUUACAUCAUGGCUACUAAUAGUACACAGAAUAUCUCUAGGAUUAAUGCAGCAUUAGACGAGAUAAAUCAUAUGCUCUAUUGCUUCUUAAAGAACCCCAAGUGUGCCCUAUUCAAAAAGGUUCUGGAACCAAAAUAUGUUGAACAGCUUGCUGAAACCCCACAGCCAUUCUAUGUGGGAGUAAAGAGAGCCAACACACAGAACCAAGUCACACACUGGGUGCGGCAGUUGCUGGCCUACUAUACAGGAGAUAGACUAAAUAGCAGUUAUACCAGCAGUAACUGUUCUUCUAGCAGUAAGCUUUAUAAUUACUACUGGAUCAGCCAUCCUCCAGAUGGGAUGUGUAUUAGGACAACUGCAAAUUUCUCAGAGGCAGAAUCACCAGCAUUUUUAGAUGAAAACUUUGACACCUAUGACUGGUCAUCUGGUCAGUAUUCCACGUGGACAGAGAGUUCCUGGGCAGGGGAUGCCAUGCAGGUUAGGAUAUUCCUAACGCCAAGUCAGCACAUGAGUAACCUGACGUUUGCCACAGGAGUGGCGCUGAUGGUGGUAGCCAUGAUUGUCACAUACUUCAUAAAUUCAAGAGCUGACUUCCUGUUCACAAAGCCAGAUUCCUUCUAAAUCUCCUGUAUGCAUCUUCACUGGGAAUAAAACCAGUUGUUCAUUCACCAAGGUUACCACCAUCUGUGCUCAAAAAUUAAUCCUCUUCUCGGAAACUUUCAAGACUGAAGAGAAUUGGAGAGCAAGCCAUCCAUAGUGAAAAGAAUUUUUUCACAUCUUUCAUGUAUUGUAUGACACGUUUUAUAGACUAUUCAGUUAAAUUAUCAUUAAAAAUGAUAAAUGACAAGAAGUUGUGUAUCUACUGUGAUGUAAUAGACAAGUCACCAAUGCACAUUCAAAAGCUUUUUUUAUUUACUUAUUUACAUAUUUAUCUUUAAUGUAGCUUGCUCUUCAGUAUUUUUGAAUAGCUAAAAAAAUUAGUGAGAUUUUGAGAGAUACUUGUUACUUUGGAGGCAGAUGAAACCAUUUGCAUUACUUUCUUAAUAAUAAAAGUUAAGACUGGCAAUAGUAAACCCCACAUAAAGGACUGACCAGUGCAUGUUGAGUAUGGUAUAUUGGAUAUAUGCCCUUUUUACAGAGUUGUUCUUUACAUAUAGUUGAUCGGAACAGCCACUGGAAAGCUGAUGGAUUAAAAUGGCAAAACUUUUACCACUUUUGAUAGUCAGAAAGUUUUCAUUUAUGUUAGAUCCACAUAUUUGAUUUACCUGUUGACUGUUUCAUCUGUUCACUCAGAUAGACUUGGUCACAAUAGAAUUACCUGUUCAGGUGAAGGUGAACAGGUAAUUACCUCAGUCUUGAUGAUUUUUUUCAAAUAUCAAAACUGAGAUCCAGUGAAACCGUUUUCUCAUUUGACCACUUUUGUGCUGAACAGGUUGUGUAAAAUCAU